GGUCCACCCGCUCGGCUUCGGCGGCCAGCGUGGGGAGGGUGGAAGGCGGCUGAUCGCAGGAAGCGGCGGCGGCGGCGGGGAGGUCAAUCGAGUGGCGGGGGCUGCAGGUCCCGGUUGGGGGAGGAGAUCGAGGGGCUUCUGCUCUUCCCCCUUUCUUCCUCCUCCUCCUCCUCCUCCUCCUCCUUGCAAGGCAGAGCCGCGAUGCACAGCCGCAAGUCCCGCGUGGGUCGGCCCGCUCCCGAAACGGAGCCCGAAACGGGUCCAGAAAAGGGGGUCCCCAUGGACGGGGCAGACCAAGAAACGGUGGCAGGGCGGACGCGCCAAAGUUCCCCUCCAGGGGAGAAGCCAUUCCCUUUCCCGGCCUGGGAGGAGAGCUCGGGGGAUGAGAACGGGCUGGUCAUUCACAGCCAGGUGGAGGAAGAGGAGCAUAAAUGUGCCAUGUGCGGUGAGAGCUUCAGUCAGCCGCUGGGCCUGCUGCGCCACCAGAAGCAGCAGCACGCUGGUGAACGGGCCUUCGUGUGUCCUGAGUGCGGCCGGGGCUUCAGCCUCAAACACAACCUCAUCAUCCACCAGCGGAUCCACACCGGUGAGAAGCCCUUCGGCUGCAGCGUCUGCGGGAAACGCUUCAGCCUCAAGCAGAACCUGCUCACCCACCAACGGGUGCAUGGCGGCCCGGCCCGCCGCCCUUUCGCCUGCCCCGUCUGUGGGAAGAACUUCCGGGAAGAACGGCUGCUCACUGCUCACCAAAAGAGAGACUGCGAGCAGCAGGAGCAGCAGCAGGAGCAGGACAGCCCAGGAGGCCAAGCGGUGCGCGUUGACGAGGAGGGCGAGGAAGAUUUCACACGGCGCCGGCUGAGGAUCAAACAUCAAGAGAAGCCCCCCCAAACCCGAGCCGCCUUUGCCCGUCGGGGUUCCGGGGAACCCUUGGGAGGCCGAAGCAGCCUUGCUGGCUCCCCGAGGACCCGGCAAACCAAGGAGGAGACCCCCAAAGGCCCGAAGCCGAGGCUCCGCAGGGGGGACGCCCCCUUCCAGUGCCUGACCUGCGGGAAGAACUUUUCGCAGAAAAGCCACCUGGCCGCCCAUCGCCGGAGUCACCGGGAGCAGGAGACCCUCAGCUGAGGACAGGCCGAGAGGGUGUCCUGUAGGGGCUGAGCGUUCAGAGCCGUGGUGGGCAGCGGGCUUGAGAAAGGACCAAGAGCAGGUGGCCAAGGAGAAAGUACAGCCCCUUCCCCAUCCCAGAUCUGGUCGCUUGAGGAACAUACUGGAAAAAACUUGUUUACGUCCUCCAUCAAGUCCCUUCCCACAUAUCGGGACCUCGAACUGACAAUAAACGACAAGACACAGGGUGCUUUCCAUAUUUCUGCAUUUUUGUACUUCUUUUUUCUUUUUUUGAGUCAUUAAUCUCCCUCCAGAUCCUGGAUCAAGUCCCACAUCCCCCCUUCUCCACAUUUUGCAUUCCGUUUUUGUCCCUUUCUGAUGGAAAACCGGCUCAUGUCUCCCAAUUCCGCAGAACGCUAACCGUAGCAGAAUCGCACCGCCCGC